AAAUGUUCACGGGUGCGUUGAGACUGAUUCCCACUCCCUUGCGCGCCAGACAUCUACAGAUUCAACACGUAGUGUCUAAUUGGACCGGAUAAACCACGUCUAGAGACCUGCCCCACCAAUAGCCCGCCGGGCCAUUCACCAGUUAUAUAAAAACGCACAGCAUCCCUAAAGCCAGUAUAGGUAAACUUAAACCUAAGGAUAAAACUCUUCUCCAAGGACACAGCGGGAGACAAGUUACUCGUGAUGUCCCGGCUUUUAGCGCUCUCCUCUUUGCUGCUGUUGAUGUGUGUGCUCUUCACAAACUCAGCGGCUCAAUUGAGUUGCAGUGGUCGCUGUGGAGAGUCCUACUACAGAGGUCACAUGUGUCACUGUGAUCAUAGCUGUCUCUCACAUGACGAGUGCUGUCAGGACUACGAAUCCCAGUGCACCACAAGUGGCUCGUGCAAGGGGCGAUGCGGAGAACCUUUUAAGAGGGGCAGAGACUGCGACUGUGACGAGGAAUGUGACAAAUUCAAAAAGUGUUGUCCAGAUUACAAGAGCUUCUGCAGCACGGAAGACGAUCCACAGCUAUCUAACGACCCAGAGGAUGUUACUCCCAAACCUGAACAGAUCUCAGAUCAGAACGAGGGGACGGGGGAAGGGAGCACCGAUGCCACGCCUGCACCUGACGAAACAAGUGGGACAGAGGCGACGUCGUCUGUCACCCCUGAAGAGGAUGCACCGAUUACUGCUGACGUCCAGCCGACACCUCUCCCAGACCUGGACGGACAGUCGCCAUCCGUCAUUCCUGAGCAAGAUCCCAACACCGGCGCUGACAGCUCUGCAGAUCCUCCUUCAGAGUUAACUGAAACAGGGGAGACUCCAGAAACUGACACCCAGGGGGAUUUCGAGGCUGCCGGGACCGGGGGUUUUACUCCUUCACUUGAAGACCUGGCAACCCCUACCAUGCCCACGCUGGCACCGUCGGAGCUUGGCAGCACCGCGCCCAACUCCUCUGAGUCAACCAGUCAACCUCCCAGCGAGACAGGAGGUACUGGCACUCCUGAGGAUCUGAAGACUGUUUCUCCGACUCCGUUUGAGCCUGAGCAGCCUGACGUUGCCACCUCCAUUCCCGUCACCCUCGAGGUUUCUGAUCAGGCCCCCACGGAAACCGCGCCCACCCAGAAUGGUCAGGACUCAGUGUCGGAUCCCGACACCGAGAAUCCAGAAGCUCUUCCGAAGGGAACCAGUCCAUCUCCGGAGCUCACAGUCAGCGUCGCCAUGACCACCACUUCCCCUGACUCUGUUCAAACAACCAAUCCCACAAAUGCACCUGCCGAGAUAGACCAGGAGUCUCAAGAUCCUAAUUCGUCCACCCCCAAGCCUGAGGAGCAGGGAACUGAAGCCCCCCCGAUUGCGAAAGGUGAAGACGGGUCCCAGAAGGAACAGGAUGGCAGCGAUGACAUCCCUGGCCCUGAAAAACCAACUGAACCAGCAGAGAAAGACUCAGGGGCUCCAAAGAACCUGACCACGACCCCUGCACCGCAGAAAGUUCCUCCUGCUGCAAUCAAACCACCGCAGAAACCCACUAAACCCAGCUCCCCCACAGAUCCGAAAAAACCCCAAGUGACAGAAAACCCUCGUGAUUACCAAGGAGACGACAGCAAUGACACCAAUCUUUGCAGUGGGCGUCCCGUCAACGGUCUGACCACACUUGGGAACGGCACAGUGGUUGUUUUCCGAGGCCAUUACUUCUGGACUCUGGAUUCAAACAGGGUCCCCAGUCCUGCCCGAAGCAUCGCAGAGGUCUGGGGAAUCCCAUCGCCCAUUGACACUGUGUACACCCGCUGUAACUGCCAGGGCAAAACCUUCUUCUUUAAGGGAAAUCAGUACUGGAGGUUUGAGAAUGAUGUGAUGGAUCCAGGCUAUCCUAAACUGAUUAGAGUUGGCUUUGAUGGACUGUCUGGCCAUAUUACAGCGGCUCUGUCAAUGCCAGAACACAGGGGCAAGAAGGAGUCGGUGUUUUUCUUCAAAAGAGGUGGCCGGGUCCAAAGAUACACCUACCAAAUGAGGCCUACCUGUCCCAAGACGACAAAGAUUACCGUCAUUCCAGUGAGGAGACGACAGUACAGGCAAGCAGUGCCUUCUCUUGGGAAAGAGAUCAACAUCAGGGUGAGCUGGAAAGGUUUCCCUUACCCAGUUACCUCUGCCUUGUCUGUUCCCACCAGAGGAGGGGACGGCUACAGCUACUACGUCUUCUCUAGGAGUAAACACUACAGCGUGAAGAUGGAUGGGGAUAAGCCCACUGUCGUCACACCCACAAGUAACACACAGCAAAAAGACUCUGGCAAGAGCUUUUUCAAGUGUCCAGACGUCCAAAAAGCUUGAACGCAACACAGUACUAUGUUCAACCUAGAAGGGUUUUCUGUUUUUUUGAUAUUUACAAUACCAUGAAGGAUUGUGCAUUAUAUAUAUGUGUGUGUGUGUGUGUGUGUGUAUGAUACUGAGCCAUUUAACAUUCUGAUAUGGACUCAAGUACUCUUAUUUUCAAUCAGUCUUUAUUGUCUUUGCCAUAAAAUUACACACUGCUGUAGACUCUUCACAAACAUUUCAGAUAAAAAAAAAAAAAAGGAGACACGUUUAUGAUUAAAUUCUCAAAGCUUUUAAGAGGAAGAAAAAUAUGAUAAAGGUACAGUCUGAAAGGAACAGAAAUGUCUUGUGUUGCCAUGGGGAACAGGAAUGAUGAUGACUCUUCUGGUAUUCUCUCUCUCUCUCUCUGUGUUCACCUGGUGAGAGGCCCUCGUACCCCCGACAUGCCGAACCCUCCUGAGCAAAGCAGGAAAAAUUACUAUCACUGUCACUAGUCUCACCUCAUAUAUCAUUCUCAUGUUCAAACACAUCAGAUUACAUUUGUCUAAAAAGUCACAAAGUUAUUCGUGUGUGCAAAGCAGUUGUUCACUGUGUUUUGAUCAUUCAAAUAAUAAUAAAAAAAAACAACUAAAAACA